GUAAUAUCGAUUAUCUGAAUGUUUCACUUUGGGAAAAAAAAAAAAUCCCUUGGAGUCGCUUCGUGCGCACUUUUCCUCCCGCUCUCUCCUCUCUCCUCUCCACCAUUCUCCAUCCUCCUCCUGCUAAGCAUGCUGUGAUCGUCAUCCACUGCGUUACCAAACCAGAGAGCGCAAAGGACUUUUACCACCAAACCCUCCUUCAUCCAUCCAUCCAGGAGGAUUUAUUAGGACCGUGUUUAUUCCUCGGUGUUAGGGGCUCUGCCGUCGGGUCUGGAGAGUACCAAGAGAACCGAGAGAACCGACCACAGGUGAAGGAGAUUUAACGACGCUGCGGUGUUAGUGAUUGAACACUUUGAGCAUUAACUCAAUCUUCUUCCUUUUUACUGAAAUAUCGGACACGAUAUUGAAGUUGACACACUUUGGGACAACUAAAGGGACGUUUACCAACUUGUGUUUGUACACCAAUAGAGAGAGAUAGCUCCUAACUGGAUUCCUGGAGGAAGAUGUGACCCUUUUUUUCUUCUUCUGCGCACCGGCUCCAAUCCGACCAGAGGAGCGCGAUCAGCGGCUGUUCAAUCACUGUCUCCAUGUGGACAUGUCUUUUUGUGGGAUUACACGCGGAGAUAUGAGCAUAGAGAGAACCCGAGCUGGAUUGUGAGAUUAUACCAUCUUGUUGCUUUUUGUAUCCGUCUGUCUCUCCAGAGAGGAAGUGCUGCCCGGUGGUUCGAUGGCUUCGGUGUCAAGGUUGGCGAGGCGCAGGGAUGCCGGUCGCUGGCCGAGGAUGUCCUCAACUUUCUGGGCUGUGAUGCUUCUGACGGCGCUGCUGGUCCUCUAUUGCGGCCAGCUGGCAGCGGGAACAUGUGAGAUUGUGACGCUGGACAGGGACAGCAGCCAACCACGGCGGACCAUCGCCAGGCAGACGGCCCGCUGCGCCUGUAAGAAGGGCCAGAUCGCUGGAACUACAAGAGCCAGACCUGCCUGUGUGGACGCUGGUAUUGUUCGGAAAAAGCAGUGGUGUGAGAUGGUGCCAUGUUUGGAGGACGAAGGCUGUGACCUGUUAAUCAAUAAAUCUGGCUGGACUUGUACACAGCCCGGAGGCCGAGUCAAAACCACCACGGCUCUAUGACGCGACAAGAGUCCCUCUCGACACUCUUGCAUUAUGGAGAGCAUUGAUGACCCCUUGACAGACAGCCAAAAAACAUCUGCCAACACCACCCUAUCACCACCGCCACCAACAUCACAACAACUUCACCCAAACCCUGGUUCAGCAAAGGCAGGAAGCGACACAAGCAGCUACAGAGCACCGAGGGCCUCAGGGAGGCAGCAAGGUCUCCUAACACAGCCAGAGACAGGAGAACCAGGGAGUGACUGUUUGAGGGAGCGAACUCUCCCCUGGACGCUGGACAAACUACUCGCUGUAAAACACUUUCCAUUUCCUGUGACCGGCCCCUCCAGGUUUGUGACUGCUCCCUCCUGCUAACUGUCGUUGGGUCAAAAUGUUGCGUCCACCUCCUCUCCACUCUAUCUGCCUGCUCUGUGAAAUUAGCAGCGCCUGCUCGUGCCACGGAGAAUCGGACACCUUGGAAAUCCCAUGAAUGGUUUUUUGCCUCAUUGGAAGUACUGUGUUUGAAACGGCUUUGAAAAAGGGAUUUCUCCACAUCUCUCUCUUAGCCUCUAGAGUUCCAGAGCAAAGACGGGAUCAUUACAGACCGGACCCUGUCGCUUCUCGGACCACCUCGUGAGGCCGUUAGAAACCGAACUGAGCGCUCUCUGCUGUGAAUAGGCCUUCUGCUGGAGUAAACCUCCCAUAUUUUUAUAGACCAAAGAGCAAAACAACAAAUACGAUCAUUAUGACAGAGUGGACCAUGUGGCAAAGAAACGCAGAGACUUAGUGAACUUACUGUUUGUGUCGCCGCCGACCAACGACUGCCCCCCCACAGAGACACGGUGCACAAACGGACCGACACAAACCGAACCUGGCGUCCGGUGGCACACGUACCGGACACAACCGAAGGAGUACUUUUAAAACUUUCCAGACAUUUUUUCUCAGACUAAGCCCACCACUGUAUUUUGGAACUGGAGGUAUAGGUACUACAUACGUAUAACUGUGUAUCAAAAAAAAAAAAAUCUGAUUUGCAUUUUUCAGUAGCUACGGUUGGGACAGUUGGCAGGAAGCAUCGUCGAGUUGGUCACGGAUCAGGACUGCAAAUCAUAUCAAAGAGAUGAAGAGAUCUACAGAGAGUAUAAAUGCUAUCGAGUCUGAAAAGAAGGAGUAAAGAAAUGUCAUUAAAUGUAUUUUGAAAGGCCCUAAAAAGUUAUAUAUUUAACAGUUUUAUAUGUUGUACCUUUGUAGAGAAGCUUAUUGGACUUAAAAUGUGGUCACAAUGGCAGUUUAGUAGAAUGUGAACAAAUGCUGUUGUUCUCAUUACUGCUAGCUCGUAGUCCCAGGUUUUCUGUUCACACCUCAGUAGCCGCUUUCUUUUCAUGGUCAUCUACAAGUCACUGUCUAUCAGAACCAUUAAUGAAAAAAAAAGGAAAGUGACAAUUUAUUGAGGACUGAUCUGCAGCCAACUGAACAUUGUAAAUCUAUGGUAGUCAGUGGAAGCCAUUGAUAUCUGCUAAUUUGCUAUGAUAUUGUAUUGUACACGGUGUGGAAUACUGACUCAUUUCCUCUC